GGCUCGUUGCCAGCGCUGCGCCGGGCUCCCGUGCGGGGCGCCGGCGGGGAGCCCCAGGGCAGCCGGCGCGGGGAGCCCCGCGGCCCUGUCCCGGCGGGGCCGCUCGCCUGUGAGGCUGAUGCCCCGGCCGCGCCCCCGUCCCUGCGCACCGGGGCAGGGGGCCGAACCCGCCGCGCCGGACACGGAGCCCGCGGUUCCUGCGGCCCCAGCGGGCUGCCCCGUCCUUGGGGCCAUGGCCCCCUUCCCCGCCUGCCUCAACUCGGCCGUGCUGGUGCUGUUCAGCUGCGACCUCUGCCUGACAGGCCGCCGUCCCCAGUCAACGUGACUGUUACGCACCUGAAGGCAAACUCCGCCACUGUCUCGUGGGAUGUCCCGGAGGGAGACGUCAUCAUUGGCUAUGCCAUCUCACAGCAGCGGCAGGACGGGCAAAUGCAGCGGUUCAUCCGGGAGGUGAACACCACGAACCGGGCCUGCGUGCUGUGGGACCUGGCGGAGGACGCAGACUACAUCAUCCAGGUGCAGAGCAUCGGCCUGCACGGAGAGAGCCAGGCCAGCAAGAGGGUCCAUUUCCGGACCCUGAAAGAGACCGACCGCCUCCCCUCCAACAGCUCCAACCAAGGUGACAUCACCGUGGAAGGGCUGGACAAGGAGCGGCAACUCCAGACUGGGGAGAUUGUCAUCAUCGUGACUGUGCUGCUCAUGUGGGCAGCGGUGAUUGCACUCUUCUGCAGACAGUAUGACAUUAUCAAGGACAACGACUCCAACAACAACAAGGAAAAGACCAAGCCGUCCUCAGAGCACAGCACGCCGGAGCGACCCACAGGGGGGCUACUGCGCAGCAAGAAAAAGUCUCUAUCUGUCAAUAUCAUUGAGGUGUGAGCACAGUCCAGCUCUGGAUCCGAGGGCCCUGGGAAUGCUGCCAGAGCCGAGGAAGAUCAUGGGAUAAAAGGACACCACCAGGCUGCCAGCCUGCAACUCUCAGCAUGCAAAGAAUUGUUUAUCAGAAAUUCUGCUUCUUCCAAGGCCUUCUCCCCCCGAGGGGAUCUGCAUGGAGAUCGUUUGGAUGAUGCAUGCAGAACUCAGCCUCACACCCAUCAUGUAACUGCCCAGGAGUCAAUGGGGAGCCUGGAACAGCACCGAAAGAACAAACAGCCAUAUCCGGAUUUCAAGGGAUGGGGGAGCCUCCUGCUGAUGCAGGGAUAAUGUCGUGGACGUGGGAUCUCAUGGCCCUGUCACUCAGCAACUGUUAGGUAAAUGGCAGUGUCCCCUCAUGUUCAUGCUGUUAUAGCCCUAGGUAUUGCCAGACCUAAGCCGGGGCGCAGACAUAGCUCCAGUUACCAGAGAGCCCUAGGAGGGGUCUAGCUCUCAGCCACGCCUGGAGACUCAGAGGGAUUUUCUGUUUGUUUACGGUCCCAGAGAAGUGCCCACUUUCCAGCCCCCUAACCCUGCAAGCCCAGACUGUGGGGCCCACAGAGGUGGAGGUGCUAGCUCAGGAAGGGCUGGCAAGAGAACUGAUCGGAGCUUUGCAGGACGGCCCCAUGCGCCCUGCAGACGCAACCAGAGAUGGAAUCCCAGCCCAAGGAGGCAGGAGGUUGGCUGGGUCACUGAGCUGACUUCAGCAACUGGCAGCUCAGAUGAGCUUCCAUCCCUUCCCUUAGUGUGAGUGCCACCACCGCGGGGAGGUGAGGACCUCAGACCAGGAAGUGCCAAUGCUGCUUCCUGCUGUGCCCGGCAAACAGCAGAGCAGGGCCUUGCUGCAGAGACAGGGGCUGCAGGGGAGAGUUCUCCCUAUCACAUCUCACGCCUGCCCAGUUUGUAGGGCGGCAGGGACGUACCCAGUGCCCCUAGAAACAUAUCCCCUGCUAACUGCAUUGCCUGGGCGGUCUCCAGGUCACAGUUCAGCUCUGGGUGUGGGAGGGAAAUCUAGCACGUGUAGCUCUGAGCCCUCUCCUCCUCUGCCUCUGGCUCCUACGGAGGCUUCCAGCAGUCCUGGUGCAGGCCACAUGGAGCCGGAGUCUGGACCACUGGGAAACAACCCCAGGCCACAGAGAAAUGGGUGCGGCCGGGAAGAGAAUACCAUGCUGAAUCCCCAUGCCCCCGGGGGGCAAAGGCCUCAAUGCAAACUGCCUGCGCCCAUAUGCCUCUGCCCAUCAGUCAAAGGCCUCAGCUCAGGGCCCUGCCCCUCACUUUGCCCCCUGCAGGGCAAAGACCUUA